GCCCCCCCCCCCCGGCCCCGCUGCGCCGGGCUGGCGGAGGGAGGCAGCGGGCAGCCCCGCAGCCCUCCCGGGGGGCUCGGAGGGGGCUCGGCUCUCCCGGCUGCCCCCCAACCUUGGCAGGAUGUUGCCCCGUUCUCGGACCCAGCUGGGGCUCUUCUUCAUCCUCCUCUGCCCCGCCAACAUCAUCGGGCUCUGGUGGGCAGUGGGGAGCCCCCUGGUCAUGGACCCCAACAGCAUCUGCCGCAAGACGAAGCGGCUGGCGGGGAAGCAGGCGGAGCUGUGCCAGCUGGAGCCAGAGAUUGUGCAGGAGGUGGCCAAGGGCACCAAGCUGGGCGUGCGGGAGUGCCAGUACCAAUUUCGCUUCCGCCGCUGGAACUGCACCAGCCACAGCAAGUACUUCGGCAAGAUCCUGCAGCAGGAUAUCCGGGAGACAGCCUUCGUGUACGCCAUCACAGCUGCCGGUGUCAGCCAUGCCAUCACACAGGCCUGCAGCAUGGGCGAGCUGCUGCAGUGUGGCUGCGAGCUGACACGGAGCCGGGCACCCCCCUCGCCCACAGCGGGGCCGGGCACCGAAGGCACGGCCUGGGAAUGGGGGGGCUGCGGGGACGAUGUGCAGUUUGGCUACGAGAAGUCGCAGCAGUUCAUGGACGCCAAGAGCAAGAAGGGCAAAAAUGACAUCCGUGCACUCAUUGAUCUGCACAACAACGAGGCUGGGCGCUUGGCAGUGCGCAGCUACAUGAGGACAGAGUGCAAAUGCCACGGGCUUUCGGGCUCCUGCACGCUGCGCACCUGCUGGCGCAAGAUGCCCCAUUUCCGUGAGGUGGGCGACCGCCUGCUCGAGCGCUUCAACGGUGCCUUCAAAGUGAUGGGGGGCAAUGACGGGAAGACCCUCAUCCCGGUGGGCGACAACAUCAAACCUCCAGACAAGCAGGACCUCAUCUACUCGGCCGACUCGCCCGAUUUCUGCUCGGCCAACCGCAAGACGGGCUCGCUGGGCACGCGGGGCCGCGUCUGCAACAGCACGGCCAUGGACACGAGCGGCUGUGACCUGCUGUGCUGCGGGCGCGGGCACCGUGACGAGACCGUGGUGCUGGAGGAGAACUGUCUGUGCCGCUUCCACUGGUGCUGCGUGGUGCAGUGCCGCAAGUGCUCCGUCCGCCAGGAGCUCAGCCUCUGCGUCUGACGGCCUCUCCGCGGGGCGAGGACGCUUGGGGGGCCGCCCCCAGGACGGUGCUGAGGGCACGGGGACACGGAGAGAUGACGCAGUGGGACUUUAUGGGCUAGGGGACUGUGAGCCCAGCUCUGCGGUUGGAUGUCCCUGCAGCGUGGGGACGCUGCCCAGCAUCCCCACGGCCCCGCAGCGGGGCUGCAGCGCAGAGCUUCCACUAAUAAAGCUAUUUAAAGCCGG